AUGCCUGCCAUGCCUCGGAAUCCACCGCCCGCGAGUCACGCGAGGGAAGUGCUCGGCGAACGGGCCCAGCGGCUUGGAAUGGCUUGGAAGCGCCGAUCCACAUGCACGCAUGAAGAGCCGACGAGGCAAGACUGCGAGGCUCGAUAUUUGCUGAGGGACAAACACGCGUAUCUCGGAUGGGGUCGGGGCGAGCGUUGGAGCUGCGUCCAUGUGUCGGCCGUCGAAUUGAACAUGGCACAUGAAAAUGAAUCCGCGGUGCACGACACAGGACGAUCAACAUAUGCGGUAGCUCGUUCUGUGGAUGUCCACCCAAACAUGAUCUGGAGAACCACGGAAGCGAAUCGAGUCGCAAAUGGGGGCCUAAGAAACUUUCGAUGCGAAGGACGAUCCGUGCGCACUUGUGCUUCGCGAAGCGUCGCAGGCGUGCAUGGGGCACUGUGGAGCCUGGGUAACGUUGAGCGGCUGCACAUGUGGUGUUCAAGACUUCGCGAGCCCUUCACGCGUGCGCCAAAACAAGCAGAAAUGGGUGCCGGUGUGGGCUCGCCCAUCGAAGCCGUAGCCAUGCAUGAUACUGCGCGAAGACGUGAUCUGCGCAAAAAAUUGAAGACCUCAAACAGGGAAGUCGAAGGACGGAGGUAUUCGGGAGAAGACGUAGCGCGCGGGGGUCCGUGA